AUGACCGCUCUCGAGAAGGAGAACGGCCUCUCCUGUCACGUCGUAAUGGUGACCGCGAUCUUUGAAGGCGUUGGUCUGGAGAUUGUGCUCGCUAAGGCUGCCUGUAUCUGGUCAGAGACAACCGUGACUAGCCCGGCCGUGAUCACACUCGGAUAUACCCAUGUAGUUCUAGACGCGUGCGAGGCGUGUAGAGAGUGUGAUGAGGAAGCAGAAGAGAAGAGUAAAAGCGACGAAAAGAUUUUUAGAUGGCAUCGGUCGUGCCACGUGCGCACGACGCGAUAUCUUCUGAUCUGCAAAGGAGGCAGCUCCGAUGCUGGUAGCGGGACGUCACCUUCUUCUCUAGAACUAGAACGACCGUUCCAAUACAUGAAAAAUUGUUCUGUGUCGCACGCUUAUGCACGAUGA